CGUCAUCAGCAGCGAUGUCAAAUUGGGCAACCAAGUGGACUAUGUCAGGAGGGCGCACCCCCACGAGGGGGUGAAACUCUACGAACAGGUCAGGAACAAAUGCAAGGUGUACUUUUUGCCGCUGGUCUGGCCCUGCGGCGAGAAGGGGGGCCCACAAGGGGGAGCCACAGGAAGGGCCACAGGAAGAGACAACGAGGGAGCCGCAAACCCAACCGCUAAGAAAGCGGCAAGCCAAACCGCUAAGAAAGCGGCUAGCCAAACCGAUGGGAACACCGCUGACGGUGGGGGAGACGGUGAAACCCCCUUCGAAUACCUCCAGCGAAACCUGGGAGACACGAAACAAAAAAUGGAAAGCCUCGCAGCAUACAUCGAACAGUCGGACGCCAUUAUAGUCCCCAUGAACUACCACGACAUUUUAAAUAAACAUCUUCUGGACAUUGCCCAAUUUAGCUGCUUCCUCAAUGUGAUCGAUUUCUUACUUUAUGUAAACCAAACGAAGGGUAACCACAACGUUAUUUUUUACGUGUACAAUUUUCAUGAGGAUGAUGAUGCGUCGGGAGGUAGAUCACACCAGGACAACUACGUGGAGAAGGAAAGGGAAUCCAUCGUGAACAUAGUAAAGUCGUUUCUUCGAAGUCAUUGGAAGAAGGACCGGUACCACAAGUGUGUGAAGGAGAGGUUCGUUUUUUCGAGAGAUAAUUGCAUCAAUGUGGAUAGAUGGCGUGAUCAAAUUGGGAAGAAGAGAGUCUACUACCGAGUGAAGGUCCCCAUGCAGAGUAACCCCCCAGCGGGGCAAAUAACAUCAUCACCGCGUAUCUCUCCAAGUGGGGAUCGCAAAAGCCACUCCAUCUUUGCGAACCACCGUCCUGACGCUCUGAAAAACCUGACUAGCGAAAAUUACUUCGUCUAUAAUUUUUUUUCCAACUUGAAACUUUCCAUUCUACAUGAAUAUUUAAAAAUAGCUAGCCAACUCAAAAUGGACAAUUUUGAUCCACUACCAGAUGCAGGAAAAAUGAAAAUAAAAAUGGGUCAAGUGGCGAAAGAAGUAGAUGUGCUCCUUAACAAAUUUUUACUCUUCCAAUUAAACAAAAAGGUCGUUAAAAAUGAAGACAUGGUUGAACAAAUUAGAAAGAAACAGCAUUCUUACCUUGUCCAUAUCAUCAUGACAGAUUUGCUAGAAAAAUAUGAACAACUUUUGGAGACACUCAUUCGACAGUUGUACCAAUUGUAUAGACAGAGAAUAAAAAAAAUUAAAAUAAAUUCAAAUAUGAUUAAUGAGUUUGCAAAAGAAAUUAAAAACGUGGAUAAGAUAUUCCACCUGUAUAACUCUUCGAUGUCCUUUGUCCACUACUUCAAGAACAAAGGGAGUCAUUAUUUUCUGGAAAGGGCUAACUGUAUUGCCCUUCAAAUGGAGGCAAAACUUCUGCAAACGCUGAAUGAAACCACGAGAGAAAUUGUGAACUAUUAUAUAUCACAGGGGGUGUACGUUCGACACUACGACUUUACUUCUUCUUUUCUUUCCCUGAGGAAGUACUCCUUCUUUUCGUACAUGCUCCAAACAGUCGCCGAUAUGCUCAGGAACAGAAUAAGCCUCAGUUUUAACUACCUGUCCCCGAGUGCCUUCGGCUUCUCCUCUUACAAGUA